AUGGAUGGAAAUAAUUCCGAUGACAAUGAGAACACCAAAAUGUGGAUGCCCAGAAUUGAAACGAAAUUAAUAAAUAUGUUGAGAGAUGAGGUUAGAAAUAAUCAAACAACGGGCCGCACUACUUCGUGGACAAUUAGGCAUUGGAAUCAUUAUGCAAAUCAGUUGCCCAACAUAUAUGGAUUUCGGUAUACAGGUGUCAAGGUGCGCCAAAAAUAUCAACGAUUGAAAGCUGAUUACCAGACAUUUAAGCGACUGCAGGCACAGACUGGUCUGGGAUGGGAUCCUAUUAUAGGCACUGUUGUUGCACCCGAUGAAUUUUGGGAUAAGGCUAGCAGAAAUGUGAAGAAGUUUAGGACAAAAGGGUUUGAAUAUUUUCAAGAAAUGGCAGAAAUUGUUGAAAAUUGUUGUGCCACAGGGGCCCUGUCUCGUGCAUCCGCACAAGGACCCCUUGACUCAGAAGAAGAAGAUGACAUGUUAAAUAAAUUUUGGAACGCUGAUGCUGGUGGAAGUAACGCUGGUGGCAGUAAUGCUGCUGAGGCCAUUCCUGUUGACUUAUUUGGGGAUGAGUAUAUGGAACCAGCAAAGGGCAAAGGUCACAAGAGGGGCCCUGCAACCAGCCAGACUGACAGUGGUUGUUCCAAAAAGUCACAAUCAAGUGGGUUUGAUGAUGUGUAUGCAGCUUUCACAUCCUAUGUACAAGCCAAAACAGGACAUUUACGUGCACGAGAAAAUGAGACUGAGGCUGUAAGUGCAGGUGGUAAUGAUUAUUCCCUUGAUGCAUGUCAAGAUGCAUUGCUUGAGCUUGGGGACAUACCACCGUUGCAGUACGUUAGGGCACUGACACUGUUCAAGGAUAAGGAAUAG